GCGGCGGCGGCGCCCUGCCGAGCCGCGCACACACACACACACACACACACACCCCCGCCGGGAACCUGCCCGGGGAGCGCCGCGCCGCUCGCCUGAAGGGAAAGUUUGGCGGGAAGCCCGGCCUGCACCCGCCCGGCCCCUCACCGCGGCCGCCCCGGCGGUCAGGGCCCCGAGCAGCGGCCGCGGUGGGAGGGGGACUGACGGCGGCGGCGGCGCAGGGCUGCGGCCGCCGGAGCGGGCGAGGGGCGGAGCAGAGAGACCCUGUGGCUGCCAUGGCCGCCUCCCCCUCCCCGCAGCCUCCCUUAAAUACUAUGGGGCGGCCGUAGCUGCGGCGGGCGCCGCUGCCGAGCGCAUCAUGCGGGCUGUCAUCGCCUUGGCCGCGGCGCUGGGCAGCCUGCUGCUCGGCGGCUGCCUCCUGCGCCUGGGCGGCCAGCAGCCCCUCCGCGCCAGGGGCUGGGAGGAGGACGCAGGAGUAGCUACUGUCACGCCGAAAGUGGUGCGAGUCCUUAGGUCCCCGCUAACGUCCCUUCCUCAGACCGAGAACAGAACAACCGUUAAAAAAAAUGGAAUUUACCAGUUUGAACAGGCUUCAAAAUGUAAGGCAAUUCAGGACAACAUUUUGUCAUCAUCUACCAAGAAGAAAAAAUAUUCAGAAGAUUAUUAUCUUCACAUAGUCACAAAACUGCAGAACUGCACCUGGAUAAGGAGACCAGAAGAAUCUACAAAAUUCAGAUCAGAAUUAGCUUCCUGCUGUGAUGCAGUUCACAAUUUUAUUGCUUCUCAAAACAACACCCCACUGGGAAGUAACAUGAGUUAUGAAGUGGACAGUAAAAAGACCAUCCUCAUUACAGAGGACAUUUUUAAGAUGCUGCCUGUGUCCUCUCCUCUUUCGGUCUAUCACUUCAAGACCUGUGCCGUAGUUGGAAAUGGAGGCAUCCUGAAAAAUUCCAGCUGCGGAGCUGAAAUCGAUCGUUCUGACUUUGUGUUUAGGUGUAACCUCCCUCCAACCACGGGAAGCAUUAGCAAAGAUGUUGGCAAUAAAACAAACCUUGUGACUGUUAAUCCGAGUAUCAUAGCUCAGAAGUACAACAAAUUAAAUGAAAAGAAGACAGAAUUUCUGGAGAACAUUGCUGUCUAUGGAGAUGCUUUCCUUUUAUUGCCAGCAUUUUCCUUCAGAAGCAACACAGCCACUUCUUUUAAAGUAUAUCACACUCUGCAAGAAUUCAAAGCAACCCAAAGGGCAAUAUUUUUUCACCCCGCUUACCUGAAAAGCCUUGCCCAGUUCUGGAGAACUAAGGGUGUGAAAGCCUAUCGGUUGUCAUCUGGUUUUAUGAUCACUAGUGCUGCUCUUGAGCUGUGUGAGAAUGUGAAGCUCUAUGGCUUCUGGCCUUUCUCAAAAUCCACAGAGAAGAUGCCAAUCAGCCACCAUUAUUACGACAACCAGCUGCCUAAACCAGGUUUCCAUGCAAUGCCCAAAGAAUACAACCAGAUCCUUCAGCUUCACAGCAAAGGCAUUUUGAAGUUGCAGUUUGGUAAAUGUGAGUCAGACUAAAAAGGGUGAUGAUCCUAAGGAGACAAUUUGUGUGUAUGUCAGCAGUUCGGUGUUGGAUUUGAUCUGAUGUGAUUUUGUGAGCAUUAAACUGCGUUAGUACAAUAGAGAAAUAUUUUACACUUGGGGAGAAAAGGAAGUGAUUUUUUUCACAGUGACUGCUACAUUUCUGAUUUUUCAGUAAUCAUUUUUUAAAACACAAUAUAACAUUAUUUGAGAAAUUCUGAAACUCCUGGCUAUUGGUUUAAUUGUAGCAAAGCACAAUCUCGAGAUGGUGGCAAUAUGUGACAUUCAUUAUGUUUUGCUUCUUGAAGUAUCAUUAAAAUAUUUUAAAAUAAGAUCUCUGGUUUUGUUAAUAUCACGCAAUACAGGCAGUUGUCUCUGUAUGGUAGCUUCAUGAGCUGGCAGUGAACAUUUUCAAUUAAGAACUUGAUCCUGUAAACACUAGCAUUUUUCUGUAUGAGAAAGGUGAUGAGAAGAGCUACAGAGGAGAAAUUCAUUCAGAACCAUGUAAUUCUUAGUUUGUCCCAGGGUGCACAAAUGAGAAAAAUCCCUCAGGUUAGAGAUAGUCAAGUGGUUUAUGGGCUUUCAUUUUGUGAGCAAUAGAUAAUGCUGUGGAUUUAAUGGGCUUUCAUUUUGUGGGCAAUAGAUAAUGCUGUGGAUUUAAUGGGAUCACUCAUGUGAAUUAUGUUAAUUUUGUGAACAAGGGUUUGAAGGACCACAGCUGUAUAAUUGUUUUUAAACCUUUCUUCUUCUUUGUGUUCCUGUCUGAGGUCCAGUUCAGAGGAUGAGGACAAUAAACUAGGUUCCAUGCUGCAAUCCCCAGAGUCCUGAUGGGGCAUGACUUUGCACACAUUCCUGCAAUCCCAGCUCUGUAUCUCAGCUGACAUAAGAGAGGGACCAUUCAUUAGAUAAACGAUAGGUACCAAACCUACCGUUUCUUCUAUUUCUUUUUCACCUAGCAUAGCUCAUAUCAAUAUAUGACUACAGAGAAGGAAACUGCACUAAGCAUUAGUAUAAGAAUGUUUCCUUUGCAACCAACCCCAAGCUCUUCUUCUAUACCAGAGAGAAGAACUUGGAGUCACUUAAUUUAAAACCCAUGCAGUUCUUGUGCUUUAAGUUUCCAUAUGGUCCAGGAAUACCUGGAGCAUCCUGCAACAAGAGAAAGUGAAAUACCAGCCCAAUGGAAAGAAUCCCAUUAACAUUUAGAGGAGCUACAACAAGGAGUUGUUGCCCUAGCUAUGGCUGCUUGUAUGUUAUUGCUUAUAUGUUUUACUGCAGGAGAAGAAACAAAAACAAGAACCCCAACAACAACAAUUUUUUAAUAACCAGUUUCUGUUGGAAGGUCUCAGUGGCUUUUCUGAGAGUCUAUUGAAUGAUCAGUUCAUAGAUAGAGUGUCCUUCUUUUACAGUCAGAUACCAUCGGGUAUUUUGUUUACUAAGAUUCCUUUUGCCACUGUAGCAUUAAAUCCCCAAUCAACUGAUUUAAAGAGCAUUCAAUAUUCGACUCAUUGAGGCUUAUAUCUGCAAAAAAAGUCCUACUUAAAUGAAUUAAACCUUAUAAAAUAAGUUUCAAAAAAACUUUUGAAGGGAUACUUCAUAAAAGCAUUUCUAUAUUGAUGUAAUAUUUGAAAGCUUACCUUGCAGCAGUAUUAGAAUCAAUCAUUAGGGUUCCAGGUCUGUUAGUUGAGACACAUUCAGUAUCUUGAUCCAUUUCCAAGAAAAUGGUAGCAGAUUCCAAUACUACUCCUACUCAAGCAGAAGUGUCCAUAAAUUCUGGCUACAUAUAUCAGCAAUACAGUAAAUUUUUGAAAAUAAGGUUUUUUAAAAAUAGAUAGUACUUUGGAGCAUUGAAUGACACCACUAAUACGCGAGUGGACCUGUGAAUAUCAGUAGGGCUUUUAACAGAAACAAGUACAUUAGAACUGAGUCGAUGGGUGCAUCUGUGUUACCAGCUGGCAACUGAAAGAGGCGAGCACAACAGUUUGAUUUACUGUGAUCUGUUAUGGUUCCAGCACCACAACUUCACAUUUUGUCUUCGCAACUAGUGAAAAUUGUGCCAGUUUCUGGCCACAGGCAUCUGCUGCUCUUGUGCAGAGAGCUGGCUGCUGCAAGACCCUGCAUCCGUGUUACAAGUGUUAUGGAUGACUGCCUACUGCAAGAGCCUAGUUGUAGCUCCAAGACACACUUGCUCCCAAAAGAGCUCCUCCUAUGUCAUAAAUCACUCAUGCAGACUGUCCCUGAGUGUUUGUAGCUGGAGGCUGUGCAAAUUGAUGUAGUUGUCCUUUGGGUGAUGCAAACAGCCUAGGUUGUGGAGAAACACGUCGUAUUUCAUCCAGAGAGACAAAGACGCACCCGUGUUCAGGCAAGGACUCUAACUUACUCCAGUCUAGUGUAGUGCGAUGAGAUGAUCUUGGCUGUGUAGCAGCUACAUGGUCUGACUUGGAAAAAUCUUUUAGAGAUUGAGAGGAUCUUGCAUUGUAUCCAGAACAAUUGCAAGUGCUUUGUGUGUAGGUAAGGAUGAUGCAAAGGGUAUCGUUCAUUGCUCAGAUUAAAUUCAAUUAAUUAAUUACUCAGCAUGAGUAAAGUGGCAAAACCUGGUUGUGUGUAAAUAGAAAAUGUGGAGAGGAGAAAAAUUUAUUAGCAGUGGAGAAGCAACUUUUUUUCAAAAGCAUUUGUUAGUUAGCACUGUAUUGCAUUAUGUCAGUGAAUGAAUGUAUACACUGUACCAAGACAUACCAUAAAGAGAUGAAGUUGCUGUGUGUCUGGACUAUUUCUAUGCAGUUAUGUUAUUUAUAAUAUACAUGUAUUAGUAACUGGAAAGGUUAUUGGGGAGGUUUUGAGAGAGGUUUAGCUGAAAAGAAGAAACCUAUCCUAGUUUCCUUGAUGAAAAUAGGUCUUAACUGAAGGAGUGUGAUGUGGCGCUCACAACUGAGAGCAAAUGGAAAGCUCUGUAACAUGGACAGACACUUUGACUUUUUAACGCUGUUUUAGCGAAGUUUAAACUUGCCUUUGACCUGAAGACCUGAUCCUUAAUGCUCUCAGAGCUCUCAGUGAUUUGUGUGGAGCACAGGACUGACAAGAAAUGCAUCAAGGAAUUGUUGACCUUUCCUACCCUUUCCUGCAAAUACUCUUAACUCCUCGUAGAAUAAAAAUACACUCUAUUAGACUUUAGAUUAGGAACCUAUUUUUAAUGUAGCUUUCUCAGGCCUUACUCUAGACAUGAAGUUAUUAGGAGAUGUUAGUUGCAUCCACUUCACAGGAGCGCAGACCUUGUAGUCGGCUUUAUUAUAGCUAUUGCUGAUAUGUGCUUGGUGGCUAGGUUGUCUUAAUUUGUGCACAGGCUGGGCAAGCUAAUAGUGGUGUUUCUGUGUGACAGGAUAGUUAGAUUGAUCAAGACUUGCUGAAGUACACUCACUGUGGGAAGGGAGGUUUUCUCGGUUAGCCAAAUAAAUAAUUUCUCGUUUAUUUUCCAUCUGUGAUUACUCAUUUAUUUUAUAUCUGUGCCAAGUUAAUGACGAAUAAAUGGGUUUUGUACCUGGCUGAGAAUGUUUAUGACACUUUUGCAAGACUGACACAAGUACAGUUUUGAUUAAGAAUUCUUGACCAAAGGUUAGAAAGGGCUUUUGAGUUCCUUCUACUUCACAUGAAGAAUAAUCACUUUUAGGGUUUGUGGGCCUCCAAUGCUGUCACAUGCUGUGGAAUGAAUAUUGAGAUUAAAUAGUUUUCUAAAGAUAGAAACACUGACAAUGUGCUAAUAGUUCCACUGUAUCUUUGCAGAAGCUGACAGUGUCCUUGCAUAUGACUGCUUCACAGCAUCAUUAGAUUAAAGCCUGCUUGGCUGCUUUUAUUUCUUUUUCUCCUCUGAAUCUUUAAUGUUGCAUCUUCCUUUAGGACCUAGUGCUGCCUUGAGUUGGUUAUUUCUCUUCCCCCUGUGAGGCGUUAUGUAGUGCUGUUUGGUGUCUAUUGGGGAGUUUGUAAGGCUGUGAAUCAAACGCUGCUAUGCCUGCAGCAUAGCAAAACAUACUUUAAAUGGCUGGGUUUACAUCUCAAGGAAGGUAGCAUGGUAGGACAUUCACAUUGCCUAACUGGAGGUGCUGAGUUUGGGCUGUAGCUCCGCAGUGACUUAAGCUGUAAUGACUGGCUAGACAGUCCUGUUCUCAUUCUUGCACUGUACCCCUUCCUUCAUGCCAUAUCUGGCUCCUAUCUGAUCCUGCACUGAGCUGUUUUGGGAUACUGAGCUGGCAAAAAACCUAAUGUGGCAACAAAAAGAGAAAAUUGGUUAAUGCCAGCAGAGCCAGGGGAAAUUCAGAGUCAAAGCAAAGGAGGGGUGAGACCAUGCAGGUGGGACCAUGGGGACACAACAGGGGCCAUUUGCUAUCUGACGGCUGUUGGACAGGCCCAGUGGUCCCCUGAAACCUUGGUCAAGCCAGGAAGGUGACAUCUCUGGAGGCAUCCCUGGUCAGAGAGGAGAGAUGGGCUCCUGCAAGGGGGGAUUGCAGCAUGGUGGCUGCUCUGGUGGGCAGGACCAUGUCUCUCCCCAUGGUGACAGCAGGCAUGUAAGGACUCUAGGCAUUUCUCCCCCUUCUCUUUCCCAUUACAGUAAUUUUUAAAAGCUGUUCACCACCAGCAGGCUCAGAAAUGAUAGCUAUAAAAAAACCUCUUUGACUGUAAAUACUAUUUCUCAGUUCACUGACAGUAAACUUGCAUAAACUUGCUCGUUAUUCACUGCGCCUGUGCUUUCAGUGUCUGCUGAUCCCAGCAUCUCAAACAGCAUCUGCAGAGAACAGAGCUGUGCAAGCUCUGGCAGUUUUGAGACCAGUUAAUCUCACUUUGAUUCUCUUUCCUUUGUACAGUAGUGAGAUGUCUGACAUAUUACCAUGCUUGAGUCAAGAUGAAAUUCUCUGUCUUGUGUGAUUCAGGAAAAGAAACUAAAUGAUCUAGGUGACCUAGCACCUUCUGUGGGCUCCCCAAAUUACAAGCAAAAUAUUUCUGUUGUUAUGUUUUAUUUGAUUUUUAUCCAGUGCAGGUAUCUGGAUCAGUUAGUUGGUCUGGAUUCAUUGAUCAAUGAGACCUUGAGCCUGCACAGACUCCAUGGUGGAGCUACAGGCUGACAUGGUAAUCUAGGUUUAAAAGAUGUUUGGCCUGGAGAUCUUUUUGUUUCCUGUCACUUGCUCUCAUGUGACAGUUCUGUAGAAAGAGGUCCUGAACAUCCAUGCAGUAGCUCUUCCAGGGACUCUCGGUUCCACAAAGCACAUGUCCACUUGUGUACAGGAGUCUGUGUGAGAUCAAGCCCAAGGAAUGUUCUGUGGAGUGCUUUAUUCUGAAGCAGCUUUAUUUCAAACAGCUGAUAGCCACUUAUUGCAUGCCUUGAAGCAGUAGACUUCUUACACAUGAGCUUGUUAGUUAAGUGUAUCUAGGUCAAAAUAUCACAGCCAGGUAAUCCUUCAUCUUGUGGUACUUCAGCAGCUGAAUUCUUUCAUCUUUAGGUCUGCUGCCCAAGAAUGGUGACAAAGGGAUGUGUAUUUACUAUAUAAAGCCUGGCUCUCUUGAUUUUUAAUUCUGCCAUUUUAGGCAGGAACAUCAUCUUUCUAUGAGUUUCUGGACAGCCAGGUUUCAAAGGCUGAUGAUCUCUGAGUACUCUGGAGAAAUCAUUUGGGCCUUUCAGCUACAAUGCACAAUGAGUGGACAAAUUUGUAUUUAUUAAGCUUUGUUCUAGAUUUUCAUAAAAUAUUUCUUAAUUGGCUCUAAAUUAUCUUAAUGGUCAAGUAGAACAUGAAACGGUCUGUAGCAUGACACUAAACAAAGGACCUAUUGCUGUUAUUUAGUGGUUUCCUUUCAUGAAGUUGCAUUUUGGAAUAUCUUCCUAUUCUGGGAACACCAGCUCAUCAGGGGACUGACCCUGGGUUACUGUGCACUGGUCCAGCUGGGGUAGCAGCCUGUCACAAUGCUUUCGGUGCUGAGCAAAUUCAAGCAAUACAACAAGAGCUUAACACGAUGGGAAUACACCAGCUUGGCUUUGCCGUAGACCGAGGGGUAAACUUAGUACUGUGAUGUGUGUUAAUUGACUGAGCUCACAUCCCUCUGUGUGAGCAAUAACUGCUGUUCAGUGACAGGUGUUGGCAAAUACUGGUUUAAGGAUGAAGACAGUCUGGCUGUUAAAUACAAGGAGUGGCAUCUUCAUGUUGCCAUCAAAUAAACAGUCAAAUCUGUCUUUUGCUAAAUCCUGAUGUAGCUUCAGCAAUACAUCAGUGUUUGUUGCUGCACCUAGUACUUCUGUGCUUGUCUUUUUUUAAUCCCUCUUUUCUCCAGUGAGGGAGAAAACUCAGACAAUUGCAUGAUAGAAGUAUUUAAAGAUCCCACCAUGAAUUCGUGGUAUCAGGGCAAGAGGCCAUCGGAAUAAAUCAUGCUAAUGGUUGUGACAGGAUAGUCUAGCCUAAGACAAUAUUGCCGAUUUUAAAUUCCUCACUAUUCACUUUAUUCCCUGAUGAGAGGAGAUUCUUCACAGCAAGUCUCUAGUUCAGCAACCUGCUAUGCUUCUCAGAUGUUGACGCAGCUGUGAGGUGAUUCCCUAAAAACUCCUUCUUGGUGUAUUUAUUGUUAGUGCUUAUGGUACAAGCCCAUUCUUAAAUUCUUGUGAAACUGAAGUAUAACAUCUGACAUUUCUGCAUGUUUUAUAUGCACAUUUUAUAUGGUAGCUUCAUAUGCAUUCUAUAUGUUAAUAUUCUUAAUAUUAUUUUCUUUGACUAUCCAAUUAAAAUAAUUUAAAAUAUUCAUUAUAUUUUAUGCUACAAGAGUAAACGGUGGAGGAAGUUACAUAAAAAUCAGUGAUACAACCCAAGAUAAGUGUGUCUGACUUAUUUCUAGAAGGGUAUUUUCGUUAGUCAUUUGGACACUUGCUUCUUAGAUUUACUUUUCUAAGGUAGGUCUGAGAGGCCACCUCUGAUUCUGAUUUAGUUCAAGAUCUGCAAGUGAGAAGAUAGGCAAAUUGAGAGGUUCUACAGAAGGCUGCUCCUAAGGGAUGGCAAAUGUGUGGUCUUUCCAGAGAUUGUUCCAUGUGUCAAAAUGUAAUUCCAUAAAGUUUCCAUGAUAGCUUUUGCCCGGAGGUUUCAUUGUCUCUUAUAAUGUGUAUUGUUUGCAUUCAUUUUGGUUCCAUUCUUUUCAAUGCAACUGUUGAAGCAGAGUUUAUCCCCCUUGGAGCUGGUAUAAUUGUGCUCCUCCACAUGCGCCAAGCUCUGUGUGAAGCUGCUAGUGUAGGCUCUGCUACUGCUGUCUCCAGAAAGGUUCUCUCGAAUUCUUUCACUGCUGAACUUACUUAUAUUUUCAGAUGUGAACUUGGUAUUGUCUGAGUAGAAUGUGUGCAGUGUAACAUAGAAGUGUCUCUGCGCAGAAUUUAGGAGGAGGCAUGGAAAGCCCCUCAACUCUGUGUGUGCUUUUAUUACAGAAAACCAAGAUGAAUUUGUAUUGCUGAGUCAUCUGUUAUGGCUGAUUUAAUUUGUACUUUGUUUUCAUGUUUUAAGUGCCUAAUGAUUUUUUGUCAAGGAUGCAAUGGUUUCACUGUUAUAAUGCAUAUUUAGAAUUCUGCACUUGUUACCUGUUCUGUAAUAGAAUAUUUUUGCAAUUUAUGUUUGGAAAUAAAGACUUAUUAGGCAUAAUGGUAUUUUUUUUUCUUUUUUGAAUUCCUGAGACUUAACAAUCAAAAAUGUCUUCUGAGGCACAGCAGAAUAGAAAAUACAUUAGUCUGAUUCCUCUACAGCAGCGUUAGCAACUGACAGUAGAAAGAUGGGCAGUUCCUUAAAAUUGUACAAGGAAGAAGGCAAGCUGUGCUUAAAAACAGCACAGGGAAGCACAGCUGAAUUAGUCCAGAAGCUCACGUCCUGCCGCUGUCCUUGGAGGAAGAAAUGCUGGAUGUGCUGGGAAAAAGAAAUGGAAUAACUUUCAUCUUCGAAAUUACUUUACUAGGUAUUUCGAGAGACUUUUAGGGCAAAAAUAUUCCAACUGAAUUCUAAGCACAGUACUGCUUGUGAAACUCCAAACCUGCAGGGGUGUUAGUUCUUUCUUUUUAGCUUUUAAUCUCCUUUGUAAGGACAAAAAUUGCUCUUGUAUUAUGUGUGGAGAUUUAACAGAGUAAAAACACUCAGUAAAGGUCCCUCAAUUUG